AUGCGUGGCGAAGCAGCAUCACUCAAGGCCAUGUCAGCAACGGCUCCCGAGUCACUCAUACCGCGUCUCUAUGGCUAUGCAGAAUCAGCAGAUGGAAACGAAUGCGCCAUGGUGACUCAGUACUUUGACUUGCAGCCCUUGCAUGGAGGAUCAUACCAGCGCGAGCUCGGACGAAAGCUUGCAGAGAUGCACCGAUUGCCUCCAAAGGACACAGAAGGGUACACUGGGAGAUAUGGCUUCGAGGUGCCUACAUUCUGUGGAGUCACACAGCAGGACAAUACAUGGGAAGGAGAUUGGAAGACCUUCUGGCGAGACAGAAGAUUGGGAGACAUGAUCAGGAGAAUUGAGGACACAGACUUGGCGAAAGCAUGGGAUGGGUUACUUGACAAGGCGGUUCCUCUCCUCCUCGAUUCGAUCCAACCCCAGCCUCAGCCUGUCAUCAUACAUGGCGACCUAUGGUACGGGAACACAGGCUACGAUCAGACCACACAGGUGCCGGUCAUCUUUGACCCGUCGUCUUUCUGGGGACACAAUGAGGCCGAACUAGGUAUGACCAAGAUGUUUGGAGGCUUCACCAACGACUUUUACGACGCUUACCACGAGAUUCAUCCACGAUCUGAACGAUACGACCAACUGAUCCAGCUGUAUGAACUGUAUCACCAUCUGAAUCAUACUCUCAUGUUCGGAACAAUGUAUAAAGAGGGUGCCCUGCGCAUCAUGAAGUCGCUCACAGCCUGGGCGGAGACUGUAUAA